AUGGUCAUCAACUUGACUAUUCUUGAUGCACUUCCUUCUACUAUGACAGCGCCUAUCUCGGCUGACCAGCCCUCACAAUCAACAUUAGAGAAUCUGUCUCCACCAGUGUCUUCCCCAGUUGCCCAACCCUCACAAUCACCAUCAGAGAAUCCGUCUCCACCAGUGCCUUUCUCGGUUGCCCAGCCCCCACAAUCACCAUCAGAGAAUCCGUCUCCACCAGUGCCUUCCCCGGUUGCCCAGCCCCUACAAUCACCAUCAGAGAAUCCGUCUCCACCAGUGCCUUCCCCGGUUGCCCAACCCCCACAAUCACCAUCAGAGAAUCCGUCUCCACCAGUCAUCAAAUUGACUGUUCUUGAUGCACUUCCUUCUACUAUAACAGUGCCUUCCCCGGUUGCCCAACCCCCACAAUCACCAUCAGAGAAUCCGUCUCCACCAGUCAUCAAAUUGACUGUUCUUGAUGCACUUCCUUCUACUAUAACAGUGCCUUCCCCGGUUGCCCAACCCCCACAAUCACCAUCAGAGAAUCCGUCUCCACCAGUCAUCAACUUGACUGUUCUUGAUGCACUUCCUUCUACUAUGACAGUGCCUUCCCCGGUUGCCCAGCCCUCACAAUCACCAUCAGAGAAUUCGUCUCCACCAGUCAUCAACUUGACUGUUCUUGAUGCACUUCCUUCUACUAUAACAGUGCCUUCCUCGGUUGCCCAACCCCCACAAUCACCAUCAGAGAAUCCAUUUCCACCAGGAAAGACAGGUUCAAAGCGCAAUUUGACUGUUAAAGUUGCUAUAGGCAUUUCCGCAGUUGUGGCUGGGAUUAUAUUAAUCUCAAUUGUGGCUUUCUACAACUUUAAGAGAGAAUGCUUAUCAUGCGGGCAAUGGUCUUAUGGAAGAAAGACCAGAAAUGAGCAAAAAGUUGAGGCUUUUAUAAGGAAUUAUGGAUCUUUUGCCCCAAAGCGAUAUAGUUAUUCGUUUUUGAAGAAAGUGACAAACUCAUUCAAAAAUAAAAUAGGCCAAGGAGGAUAUGGUGUUGUGUACAAGGGAAUGCUACCUGAUGGUCAUCUAGUGGCAGUGAAAGUACUAAGUGAGUCCAAGGGUAAUGGAGAAGAAUUCAUUAAUGAGAUUGCUAGCAUUAGUAGAACUUCCCACGUUAAUGUAGUCACUCUUCUGGGUUUCUGUUAUGAGAAUAAAAAAAGAGCAUUGAUUUAUGAAUAUAUGUCCAACGGAUCAUUGGAUAAGUUCAUAUAUACUCGAGGAUUGUCAAGUGAAAACGGUCCACUGAAAUGGAAAGCACGCAAUGAAAUUAUAAUAGGCAUUGCUCGAGGAUUAGAAUACUUACAUCGUGGCUGUAACACAAGGAUUCUGCAUUUUGACAUAAAACCUCACAACAUUCUCUUAGAUGAUAAUUUAUGUCCCAAAAUCUCUGAUUUCGGCCUUGCGAAACUGUGUGAAAGGAAAGAUAGUUUUGUAUCAACAAUGAAUCCUAGAGGGACUGCUGGAUAUAUUGCUCCUGAAGUGCAGUGUAGAAACAUUGGCAGAGUAUCUCACAAGUCUGAUGUGUAUAGCUAUGGAAUGAUGGUUCUUGAAAUAGUAGCAGGAAGAAAGAAUAUUGAUGUUGGAGUAUCUCACACCAGUGAAAUAUAUUUUCCACAUUAUGUUUAUGAGCAUCUUGAAGGAGGUAAGGAUUUAAGAUUGGAUGGGAUUACAAAUGAAGAGGAAGAAGAAAUUGCAAGGAAGAUGAUUUUAAUAAGUUUGUGGUGCAUUCAGACCAUUCCAUCAAACCGACCACCAAUGACUAAGGUAGUAGAAAUGCUAGAAGGUAGCCUUCAGUCCUUGCCAAUGCCACCCAAUCCCUCCUUGUCUUCUCCUACUAGAUCACCUUAACAUCCCACUACAAAACGUUCAUCACAAUUAUUGCAAUAUAGUCUGAGGAGCUGUUAUCUACCAAAGUUGAAUUAAUUGAAAUUCCAGAAUUCACAAUGAAGAGAUUUGAUCUGAAUCUGGUAUGGCGCAAAUGUGCAAUUCAUUGUGCAUGAUGUUAGA